GGUGGAGGGUAUUCAAAGUUCGGCCCGGCCGAACUGACUGAUUUUUAACUUAUUGUUACUUGUCUCUAAUAACGUGUUCUCUAAAGCAUAAUAAGCGCGGAUCCUAACCCCAUACAAUGUUUUAUUAUUGCCGAAUGUGAGCAACCUCAGAGCCGACGUAGAUGCAAAUUAUGCAAUUAAAAUUCCGCACGCGCACAAAACAAACAAACAGACGUAUUUAUUUCCUAUUUUUAGAGGAGGGAGAAUGCGAGACUUGGAAGUAGAAUUGUGCUAACAAUGCAGUUAGCAUCGUUUAGCUUAGUUCAGAUAACAUCGAUAGCCAUGAGCGUGCGGAUCAUUUUAAUCGAAGCCCUCUACAGCAUUUAUGUACUGCUCCAAAUUUUAGUCUAUCCUCUGCUAGUUGUCUUUGCCAUAGUCGAAGUGUUGAAGAGAUGGUUUAGGAGAUUGGGCUGCAGCAGAAUGCCUUCGCUUUGUGGUGAAGUUGCUCUGAUUACAGGAUCCGGCCGAGGAUUGGGUCGUGAAACAGCCAUUGCAUUGGCUAAACUUGGCUGCCACCUGGCCAUUGUGGAUAUUCAGGAACAUUUGGCAAAUGAUACAGCGCAAUUUAUUGCGGAAAAUUAUGAAGUUAACACCAGAGCUUAUAAGGUUGACGUUAGAGAUUAUCAGCAGUUAUUGGAUUUGAGGGAACGUGUUACAAAUGACUUGGGAGAUGUGACAAUUCUGGUGAAUAAUGCUGCCAUCAUCACAAUGUCUUCCAUAGAUGAUCCUCCGGUUCAUGAAAUUCAACGUAUGAUUAAUAUUAAUUUCACGGCACCGGUUUUGACCACCAAGGUGUUUCUCCCGAAAAUGAGGGAGUUAAAUCGUGGCUAUGUGGUCAAUAUCUCUUCGUUGGCUAGUAUGUAUCCACAUCACACUUUCAACGUGUACGGAGCGUCCAAGGCGGCAGUUCGCCAUCUAACCUCGGCGCUGCGAACCGAAUUGUUAGAAGCGAAAAGUGCCGUAAAGGCCAUUACCAUUUGCCCCUCAUUCUUGACCACCAAUAGACGUGUCAAUGAUGUGGUGAAAGCUCUUAAACUGAAUCGCAUAUUGGCCGAUUUGGAUGGCGAAGUUGUGGCCCAGUAUAUUGUCGAGGCCAUACUGCGCGGUGAGACGGAGAUUACGGUGCCGCAUUGUUUCAUUUGGCUGCGACGAAUUGUAGCUACCCUACCAGCGGCUGCCACUGAGAGGUUAAUGGCAUUUAUUGGCGGACUUGUUGAUCCAAAGUGCAGAGAAAACGAAUUGGCUCAAGCUCUGAGAACAGACGAUGGUGUGCCCUUCGAUAGUUAGGAGUUGAAGAAAUAUAUAGACGCUUGGAAUCGGCUUUAAGUCGGGAUAUGAGAAACCUCUUUUAAUAAGAGUCUGCUAUUACAUUUUCCUUAUACAACCCCAAAAAAUUUACUUGACAAAAAGUAAAGGAUUGUCAGACUUUGACCUGUAUUUAUUAGUUGUCCAUGUUAAUCAGUUUAGGCCACAAUUA